UCCCAAUCAAAAGAAUCUCUUUUCCUUCCCAGUAAAAUAGCUCUGUUCGUUCUUUCAUCUAAGCGAAUUUAUUUUGUCGAAACUCAUCCCACUGCAAAUAUCUUCCCCUGCCAAUCCAUGCCCUAAGGAUUAAGUAACAAGUCAAUGACUUUACUCCUAAGAGCUGAGAUGGCAAAUGCAAGAAAGCUUCAAAGCCUGUGCAACUCCCCUGGUUGCCUAUGUUAGCAGCCACUAAGAUAUUGUGCC